AGACUUGCCCACGAAGCAAUGCCCUUGGUAUUUGUCCGCGCAAUAUUGUCCUUCUGUCCUGGUUACGAUUCGCAGAUAAGAUAUUGAUUUCUCCCUGCGCACACCUGACUGAAUGCACCAGUGAUUGUAUAAAAAGGAGAAUGAGAUAACAAGGUUUAAACAUAUCAGUGAUGGAUGCAGAUGAUCAUUGGGCUCUAGAGAGUGAGGAACAUGCUACUGACGUCAUUAGAAACAGCAACAAUAUCACCAAUACUGACAACAAGAAAGUAAUCUCAGCAAGAGAUGAAAAGAGUGCCCAAGUCUCAGACCUUUGUCAGGGGUCACUGGGUUACAGCAAAGAGGAGGAAAAUGAAAAUAGUGCCCCAGACUCAGAUUUUAGUCGGGAGUCGGUGGAGCCAGGUUACAGCAAAGAGGAGGAGAGCGAAAAUAAUGUCCAAGAUUCAGACCUUUGUCAGGAGUCACUGGAGCCAUGUUACAGCAAAGAGGAGGAAAAGGAAGUACCAAGUGAAAGCCCACAGCAGCUACAAUGUAAUAUACAAGAAGAGAGUGAAACAGACCAAAAUGUGACCCUCCCCCAGAGUAAAAGUGGUGGUGAAGAACAAACAGAAGUUGUACAGAAUAAGACAGCAUGUCAAGUAGAGAAUGAUGCCAAGGAGUAUAGUAGUACUGAAGCAGAUUUUAGUAAUACACAUGAAAAAGUUACUGCAAGCAUUAAUAUUGAUGUGGCAGAAGUUUCAUUCAGAGAAUUGUCAGAGACCCAAGACACAAGGAAUUGUGAAAUUGAGGUCUCAGAUGCAAGUGAAGAAAAACGUGAAGUUGUGGAAGAAAGUGAAGCUCCUAAAGAUAGCACUGUUGAUCAUUCGACAAUUUUCAGUAGCAAUGAAGAAGAAUGUUCAGUCAAAAAAUCGCAUAGCAAUGCAAAAAGAGAGAGAUGUGAGGAAGAAGAAAAUGUUAAAGACAACCUGGACAGCAAAAGCAGGGGGACCCAAACUACUCUACAGCUUCUUGAUUCUAGCAUAUUCAGAGAGUUUUCACUUGAUGUUGCAACUAUGCAGGUAGAAAUUGGUUUAAUGACUGUUGACUCACUGCAAGAACUAGACCCAGAGAUUGAUGACUGGCCUUUGCUGCUUGUAUCUCAGCUAAGACUUCGUGAUAAUGUGAUCAACACCCUGAAUACGAUGUUAACGGACAUUCUUGAUAAAGGUCGAAGACUGGAGGAAGAUGUUGAUUACUUGAAGCUGAAG